AUUAUCAAAAGGUUUGACUUUCCCCCCCCCCCCAAAUGUUUUUAACCAAAAGGAGUCAUAACAAAAAAUCACUUGUAUGUCGGGGGGAGAUAUUUGUUGAAAAUCCUCUUCUUCUUCUUUUUUGCCCUUUCCUCCUUAUUCUCUCGUUCUCUCUGGGCUGUUCUACGCGUUAGCUCCCGAUCGAUCGAAGAAUCGAUUAACCUGAUUUGAGUUUUGAGAAAGAUAGCAAUGGCUGGAGUAUUAGGUGGGGAAUGUUCAUACAACGAGAGUGGCGUUUCAUCACAUUCCAGGAAUCCCAAUGAGAACCAGGACGAGGUUUCCCGCUGGUAUUUUGGACGGAAAGAGAUAGAGGAAAACUCGCCGUCGAGGUUGGAUAAGAUUGACUUGAAGAAGGAAACAUACCUCCGCAAGUCUUACUGUACGUUUCUGCAGGACUUGGGCAUGAAAUUGAAAGUUCCUCAGAUUACAAUAGCUACAUCGAUAAUAUUCUGCCAUCGAUUCUUCAUUCGCCAGUCACAUGCGAGGAAUGACAGACGGAUGAUUGCUACAGUAUGCAUGUUCCUUGCUGGAAAAGUUGAAGAAACUCCAAGGCCGUUAAAAGAUGUUAUUGUUGUCUCCUAUGAGAUAAUACACAAGAAGGAUCCUGUUACUGCACAGAAAAUCAAGCAAAAGGAAGUAUAUGAGCAACAGAAAGAGCUUAUACUAAUCGGAGAAAAGAUUGUACUUUCUACAUUGGGGUUUGACUUCAAUGUAAAUCAUCCUUAUAAACCUCUUGUAGAAGCAAUAAAGAAGUUUAAGGUCGCACAGAAUGCUCUGGCCCAAGUUGCAUGGAAUUUUGUUAACGAUGGUCUGCGGACGUCACUCUGCCUGCAAUUUAAGCCUCACCACAUUGCGGCGGGUGCAAUUUUUCUUGCUGCUAAGUUCCUUAAAGUGAAAUUACCAUCGGAUGGAGAUAAGGUUUGGUGGCAAGAAUUUGAUGUCACACCUCGAAUACUGGAGGAUGUGAGCAACCAAAUGCUUGAGCUCUAUGAGCAAAAUAGUGUUCCUGCAUCUCAAGGAAGCCAAGUCGAAAGUAGUGUAGGUGGAGGAUCGGCUCAACAAGUUGGUUCUAGGCCAAUAUCAGCCCGUCCAGCUCAUGAACAUUCAAAUUCUGACAAUCCCGGGGGCUCGUCAAAAGCUACACAAAACCAGAGCAAUGAUAAUGGGAGUGGGGAGGCAGGUAGUGUCAUUACCGAGCAUACAGAAACUCAUCAAGCGGAUCAGUCUAGAACGAAAGUUGAGGCACCUGAGAAGGACAGAACAGAGAAAAUAGAUGCAAAUCUUCCAGAUGAUAGCAUCCCUCUUGAUAAAUCUAGAAGUGUUGUGAAGUCAGGUGAUGCCCCGGUUAGUCAAUCGCCGAAAGAUAUAAAAUUGCUUAGAGAUAAGGUGAAGGCUAAACUAGAGGCUAAGAAGUCCCAAGGUGAGAAGACGAAGAAAAAGGAUGUGAUAGAUGAGGAUGAUUUGAUCGAAAGAGAACUGGAAGAUGUGGAAAUAGCUGUUGAAGAUGCCAAAGACAGCCAGAAGAAGAUUGGUACAGAGCACGGCGAGAUUCUUGAUGGAAACAACUUGGUGGGCAACAGCGAGGAAGGUGAAAUGGUAGAUGAUGUUUCAUCAACAAUGCCUAGCCGGAAGAGAAAAAUGGAAAGCCCUUGUGAAAAACAGUUGGGAGAAGGAAAGAAGCAACACAUAGACAACAGUGAGGAUGCUGAAGGAGGUCUAAAGACAAGCCGAGUAGAAAGUAGCCAUAAUAGUCAUGGUGAUCGGGAGGCAAGAAGACACUCCCAAGAGAGGUAAAGUGAUUUGUUUGUUUUUGAACAUUCUCAUAUGGGUCUCUAAUAAGAGACAAUUGGCAAACUUUUGAUUCCCAGCCAUGGUGUAGAACGAGCUGAGUGUAUUUAUAAUGUUGGAUUUAUAUUCUCCCUUAUUCUUUGGUACUUGUACUACAACAUAAACCAACAGUUGAGAAACUAAAUCAGCUUUACAUCAUCCA